GGAAAGAGAGGAGAAAGACAAGAUGGACGAUCCAUUACUCGGUCUUGCUAUGUGGGAGACGGAGACAGAGGCCAACAGGUUGAAGAGGUCCAGCUCUACGUGUUCUAAAAGCAGCAAGAACUCUGCAGACCCCGUGGAAGAAAAAUCCACCUCUCUCGACCCCCCUCCUCCUCUCCCCUUACCUGACAACAAGAGAGAACAAGAAAGAAGAGAAAAAGACACAAACAUGUCGUCACACAACUCAAGUGAAUGCUUUCCUUGUCUUUCAGCACUUGAUCAAGAUUUAGAACAAAAAUUACGACAAACGAAAGAUAAAGAUGGGGCCACAGACCCGAAAGAGACUGAACAUACUGAUUCUACUAACGAGAUACAGGGGAGGGAGGCGGUUCGGUUUGCCUCUCAAAGUCCUGAGCCGCUGUUAGAGAGCUUCUUGUUGCUACGCUUGUUUGAAUCAAACCUCUUCACAAUGCACAUUGCUGUCCAGUACCUUUUUAAGGAAAGAGAGGCGAACGUUCAAAAGUAUCUCGGGAAAAAACUAAAAGAUUUUGACGACAAUGAAGUUGAUUUCUAUCUACCAGAAUUAGCUAAUAUGUACGUUCAUGUUGAGAGUCUUUACCCAGUCCUUCACAAGUACUUCCUCAGUCGCUGCAGAUAUGACGUUAUCUUCUCCCUCAAGUUGGCUUGGUUACUGACGGCGAGUAUUAGCGAUACGUGGCUUCCUUCUUCUGAACUUCAGACUGCCUCUAGAAUGCUCUCGCUAAUCAAAACGGAGCAGAUAAGACCGCCACUAAUAACUCUGGCAACUUCACAAAAUGUUGCUUCUGUUCCUGGUUCUCCCUCUGCUUCACCAUUUUCUCAGGAUAAGCAUCAUCACAGAUCUCUCUCUGCCAACUCUCCCGUCAUCACUCUAAGUAGCUCAAUGUCUACCAUUUGUCCUACUUCCACUCAGUCUUGUAGCACCAGCAACUACUCAAUGAACGGAAAUAAAGUAUCCAUUGGUGAUUUAAGAUCAGGUCAAGCCUUUGAUAGUGGCUGUACUUGCUUUCUCUCCUCCUCUCCUUCUCCCCUACCAGUAGCACCUGCUUAUAAAAGCUGUCAAUGUCAGUCACCCAGAUUGUUGGCCCAGGAUAUUUUUGUUCGUACGCUGGGCCACAUAUCCAAGAGAUUACUGAAGUAUACUACACGUUCACUGAGAACUAGCCAGCUCUACGCUGAGUUAUCACAAUUGAAUUUAAACCUCCCUGCCCGGGUCUGUCUCCCUCUGUACCCCCCGACUCAUCAAAUAUUGAGGAUACCCCCCACAGAGUCCGUCGUUCUCAAUUCAAAGAGUAAAGCUCCUUAUCUUCUGCUUGUUGAAGUAGCUCAAGUUGAGGAUACUUUCCUAUCGCCUUUGACGCAGAAACAACUGGACGUGUCAUUGAAGUCCUCAGGACUGGGACCCGAUGAAGUCAAGAAUUUCGUACACUCGGAAGGUCCAUCCCCCGUGGGCACUAGAGUUUCAUCGCUACCUAACCUUCGUAAUGGAGGCAUAUCAGCUGACAGUGUUUCAUUAACGUCACUCGAUAACUACCCGACCAGCAGCAUAAUAGAAGAGAGAGAGGAGGAGGCUCCUGCCAGUGGCGAGGAUAAAUGUCUUGAAGGAAGCAGCAGCAACAGUAGCAGCAGCGAUAAAGAUGAGGAGGGAGAGGGAUCUCCUGUGACAUUCCAUGUUAGUGAGAUUCGAAGAAGACUCUCUAAAGAGAUUGGAGCUCCUAAAAAGAACUUCUCAAGGAAUCCUGAUGAUCCUUCCGCUGCUGCCAUGAAGGAAAUGUGGGAAAAUAAAGUUGAAAGAAUCAGACAAAGAUCUCCUUAUGGCCACUUACCAAACUGGAAGUUACUGGCUGCCAUAGUAAAGUGGGGUGAUGAUUUGAGACAGGAGCUGGUCUCAUGGCAGCUCCUCGAGCAAUUUAAAAGAAUUUGGAAAGAAGAGAAUGUCUCCUUGUGGCUCAGACCAUACACUGUAAUGGUCUUUUCAUCAGAUGGCGGGCUGGUGGAGCCUGUCUGUAAUGCUGUGUCACUCCAUCAAAUAAAGAAAGAGUUUAAAGGCUCACUUUUAGACUAUUUUAAACACGAGUAUGGUGAGACUAAUAGCGAAGGGUUUUUAACAUCUCAGCGCAACUUUGUUGAAAGCUGUGCAGCCUAUUGCCUCAUCUGUUACUUCAUACAGGUCAAAGACAGACACAAUGGCAACAUAUUACUGGAUUCUAAAGGUCACAUCAUCCAUAUUGACUUUGGUUUCAUUUUGGCGCAUUCUCCUGGAAAGAACAUUCGCUUUGAGAGCUCGCCGUUUAAACUAACGCAAGAAUUUGUCGAAGUGAUGGGCGGGGUCAACAGCGAUAUGUACAGGUAUUUUAAAGUCUUGAUGUUGCAAGGUUUUUUAGCGGCAAGAAAACACAUGGAGCAGAUAGUGAAUAUAGUUGAUAUCAUGCAGACAGGCUCACAACUGCCUUGUUUCUCUCACGGUCCGACUACAGUCAAGCAGUUACAAGAUAGAUUCCACCUCUCACUAACAGAGCAGCAGCUGGAACUGUUAGUUAACGGAAUGAUUGAAACCAGCAUGUACUCACUGACCACCAAACUCUAUGAUGGGUUUCAAUAUCUGGCUAACGGGAUCAUGUAGAAGAGGAGUGGCUCUGUGGGAGGAGCCUCAUAUUAAUGAUUAUUGAUGUACUUGUGUGUUUUCAGUGAAUCUCAACUGACCAAAUUUUCAAAUCACUAUUGAUAUUAUUAUUAUUAUUAUUAUUAUUAUUAUUAUUGUUAUUAAUUUAAUUAUGAGUGUCAGUCAAUGCUAAAAUAAACAAAUUCCAACAACAAUCUACUAAAAUAA